UGAGACAUAAAACAAUAUCUUCGUCAUAUUAUAUCACCAGUUAAAAGAUAGAAUUGAUUUAAAAUGGUUUAAAUCUUGAACAAGAGAUUAAUUGCCAUACAGACAAAAUAUUUAUACAGACAUGGCUGAUCAGCUUACAGAAGAACAGAUACACGAAUUUAAAGAGGCUUUCAGUUUAUUUGACCAAGAUGGAAGUGGAACAAUCACAUCUAAAGAAUUGGGAACAGCAAUGAGAUCACUAGGCAUGAACCCAACCGAAGCAGAUCUAGCAGACAUGAUAAAUGAAAUUGAUGCUGAUGGAAACGGCCAGGUUGACUUCCCAGAAUUCCUAACGCUUAUGGCAAAGAAAAUGAAAGAUGGUGACGCUGAGGAGGAAAUAAAAGAGGCCUUCCGAUUAUUCGACAAAGAAGGCAAUGGCUUUAUUAGUGGGGCAGAGCUUCGACACAUCAUGACAGCAAUUGGUGAAAAAUUGACAGAUCUGGAAGUUGACGAUAUGUUACACGAGGCAGACCUCGAUGGAGACGGAAUGAUAAAUUAUCAAGAGUUUGUUGCCCUGAUGUUGAAAUAGUAAAUUCAGAAGACAAAGCGUACACUCUUUUACAUUACAACAUACUUUUUGUCAUUUACUUAUCCAAUGUAUUUGUUUUAAAUGUCCAUAUCACAUUUAAAUGUGGAUUAUCAUCAAUGUAUAUAAUAAAUUAAAACCAAGCUCC